AGUCUUGUGAAUUGCCUCCAGAGAAGAAAGGACUUGCACUCCGAAUCACCGCUUGCCUGCGUCAUCAGUGUAGUUCACUUUCCCAGUCUCUAGGGGGAAGUACUGGAUAUUGAUAUGAAAAGAAAGUACCAGUUAAACUAGUUACAACAUUGCAACGUGGAAAGUUUGAACUUUGCACUUCAGUGAGUAGUUUCACAAAAGGGGUUCACGAGUUUUGCUAUUAAUAGGCUACAAGUACCACUUAAAAUGGCGUUCUAACUGGUUGUUACUGUAACCGUGCGUCAAAAGAGUAUGACACUUAAAUCUAAUAAAUAAAUCCCGUGUAAUUAGAGUAUUAGUAACGAGACGCAAUGGAGGAGCAUUCGCGGUUAUUUUGAUAUCGGUUGCUAUGUUAUUGGCUGUUUUCUACUAGGACUUAUUCCACUGCUGAUCAACCUUUCCCAGCAAAAAAUGCAGCUUGUCCCAGUGCUGGGGGCAGGACUUCUGUGUGGUACUGCACUGGCGAUAAUCAUUCCUGAGGUGCAAUUAGUAGAGGAGUCAUGGAAAGACUCGUACUGCUCUGCUGCAACAGCUAAGCAGAAUAGUACGAACUCAAAUUCAACUCUGGAGCCAUCCUCGGAGAAAGGCCUGCAUCCACACGUAAUCAUAGGAGCCUCCCUGGUCCUGGGCUUUACACUUAUGUUUGUGGUUGAUCAGAUUUGCUAACUACGUUCUGCAAAUGUGUCCAGAGCAAGCAUAUACAAUGGCAGUAGCAUCACCACUACUUUGGGGCUUCUCAUCCAUGCUGCAGCUGACGGUGUUGCUCUGGGUGCCGCUGUGGCCUCCUCUCAAGUGUCUGUUCAGGUCAUUGUUUUCUUCGCUGUGAUCUUGCACAAGGCUCCAGCUGCAUUUGGUCUUGUCUCUUUCCUCAUGUAUGCCGGCCUAGAGAGGAGCACUGUUCAGAAGCACCUCCUGGGUUUCUCCAUGGCAGCACCACUGCUGGCUGUCAGCACCUACUUCCUCUUAAGUGUGACUGGAGGCUCUUCACAAUACCGCCUCAGUGCCACAGGGAUUGGAAUGCUGGUCUCAGCUGGGACGUUCCUUUAUGUGGCUACCGUGCAUGUUCUGCCUGAGAUUUACAGCAGGGGGCAGCAGAGGACCACUCAUUUUCACCACCAUGCAGGAGUAGGGCUCUCCCAGCAGGGGGGACUAGGCCUCAUGGAAAGCGUCUUUCUCGUCACUGGAGCUGGGCUCCCUGUGCUCUUGGCCUUUAGUCUACCUGAUGAUUGAUAUCCUCACAAACCAUGGUGUUGCCAAAAAUUAGUGAUGGGAUGGAAUGACAAUGAUUCUUAAAAAAUACAUUUUAGACAUGACAAAGUAUGAUGAGUAUAACUUUUUGUGAUUUUGUUUACUUAUUGCUGUUUUUACUUGCUUGUUUACUUAUUGCUGUCUCAUUUACCAGGCUCUACACAGCACUGAAUGUUACAACAACACUUUUAUAUUUUUAUAUAAAGCCUCAGUGAAGGCUGUGUAUUUGCCUGAAAUUCAGGUUUAAAUUCAGUUUUGUCCAGGGACACGAUCAGUGAUGUGCAGCACUGUAUCAUUUUAGACCUUACUGGCCAAAAUGAUUUAACUCAUACUCAGAGUAACAAUCAAAAUAUUCCAGGCAAAUGAAUGUUUGAUUAUUUUAUCAGUAAAAACAUAAGCAAAUGGUAGCAUGGUCCUGUUAUCGAACAUCUCUCAAGAUGUUCAUAGGAGAAAUUAAAUGGCAGAUACUGCCUCAGGAACAGAACUAUCUGCAGAGGAACUUAUAUGUGUGAAAUGUGUGUGUUGGAUGUGCAAAUACAUUUUGUUUCACUUUAUUGGCAGGAAAGUUUUAUAUAGUGAAACAAUGGCCAUAAUUAAUGUAAUAGUGUUUUACCUUUUAUGAACUAUAUCUGAGAGUCCAGUUUUUUGUUUUUUUUCUUGGACAGAUUUCCAUAACAUCACUUCUGCUGUGCGAUACAUAAAUGCAAUGAAGCAAUCUCUCUUCAUGUAGUGUUAGUUUAUUGCCAUUUUUAUACUGAGUCUUCUGUUUGAAUGCAAUGAGUGUAUAAUGAACUGUAUGUAUCAGUAUUGCGUGUAAAUGGACGUGUUCUGUCAUGUUUCCCUGCACUGCUAUAAUGUACAAAGCUCUUCGGUGGCUUGUGACUGGAUACAGCUAGUUACAAGCUUGUAGCUGAAGCUAAACUUUUAACUCUGAUUAUACACUAGAAAAGAAUGCCUUUCUGUGUGUGAAUCAGGAUAUUUUAUAAUAUGUGCUUAAAAUGACUAAAUAACCUUUAAUUUAUUUCUGAUAAAUUGCUAUACUUCCUUAUUUUAUACGGUAAACAAUAUGUCGGCCACAGUGCUGACACAAUGAGAAGAUUGCUUUAAAAGCCUAAACAUUUCACUUUCUCAGGUUUCACUCUUCAUUUUUUAAAUCAUUUUAACAAUACGGAGCAUUUCCGAAUUUUGCACCACCAUCUUUCAAAAUGCCAUAUGUCACUCAUUAAUUUCUAUGACUCUCACAUCCUUUUUAUCAUCCUUGUAGGGAAAGAUGUUUUCAUUACCCAGCACUCCUAAUAUGAGCUAAAAGAGUUACUACAUUUGUGAUUUAAUCCUUGUUGCUGAUAAUGACUUAACAAUGCAGUCUAUUAUAUGUUAUAUACAUCUUCCAUUUUAUGGUUUUUAAGACAUUUUGUCUUUUGUAUUUUGAUGCUGCAUUGUUGCUUUGUACCUCAUGACUAAUCCUCUGUUUUACUCUAUUAUCCUAUUAUUCUGAAAAAAUAUUUCUUGUCCCUGGGCCUGUGUGCGUGCAGGAGCAUAACAUUAGUAGGUUUGUGGCUCGAGUCCCACUGAUUUACAUUUUGGAGUCUCUUUCCCAGUGGAACUUGUAUGAGGAGCUGAAAGGCAGCUGGUUGCAGUGUUCACUUUGUCAAGCGGUCCAGGUGGAGGACCCAUACUUUUUUAAAGUUGCUUUGUGAUAACUCGUGUUGUAAAAAGUGCUAUAUAAAUAAACCUGACCUUCUCCCUCAUAGGAGGAAGCUCAAGCCACCUUCUGGCUCCACUC